AUGGAGACAGUCCAAAUUCUUUGUGAUUCCACAAAUGGUGAUUGUGACCCACCAAAGUGCGUUCUGAAACAGCUGUUUGAACUGAAUGACUGGGAAUCUUGUGAAUAUAACCAAAAUCGGGAAAAGAAUAUGGACCCCCAAAAUUUUAAAUCUUUUUUUGGAAAGGUUGCAAAGUUUGGAUCAGAACAGUGGCAAAUUAAAGGAAUUCUAUUGGGGAGAAC